AUGUUUACAAGAUCUGGUUUCAUAAAUUGGAAAAAAGCAAUUGAAAAAUUCAAUGAGCAUGUAGGUGGAGUUGGUAGUGCGCACAAUGAGGCAAGAAUACAAUUUGAAGGUUUCAAGAAUCAAAGACAAAGUGUGGAGUAUUCAUUUUCAUCAGGGAAACAUGAGCUUGAAGUUGCUUAUCGCAAACGCUUGACUUCCAUUUUAAAAGUAAUUCGAUUUUUGUUGUUACAAGGAUUGCCUUUUCGGGGGCAUGAUAAGUCUUCGACAUCAUCCAAUAGAGGAAAUUUUUUAGAAUUGCUCAAAUGGUAUAGCUCAGAGUGUCCAGAAGUUGCGGCAGUUGUUGGAAUGAAUGCACCUGGAAAUAAUCAAAUGAUUGCCCCAAAAAUUCAGAAGCAAUUGGUGAAUGCUCGUGCAGUUGAGACCACAAAUGCUAUUCUAGCUGAUCUUGGAGAUAGGUGGUUCACUUUACUACUUGAUGAGGCUCGUGACUGUUCAGUGAAAGAGCAAAUGGCAGUUGUUAUUAGAUAUGUGAACAAAUAUGGAGAGGUGAUUGAACGAUUUAUGGCUGUAGUUCAUGUUGCAACAACUACAGCUGCUUGUUUAAAGGAGGCAAUCGACUCUUUAUUUGCUAAGUAUGGUUUGUCAGUGGCGAGAUUGAGGGGUCAAGGAUAUGAUGGUGCUUCAAAUAUGUCUAGAGAAUUUAAUGGAUUAAAGUCACUGAUAAUGAAAGAAAAUCCGUAUGCAUUGUAUGUUCAUUGUUUUGCUCAUCAACUCCAGCUAGUGGUUGUAGCUGUUGCUCAAGCAAAUCAAUAUGUUUGUGAUUUCAUGUGGAUUGUUGGUUCGAUUGUGAAUACAUCUGCAUCAUCUUGCAAAAGGCCCGACAAACUUCGACAACUUGAACAUGACAGAAAAGUUAAACUUCUUGAAAGAGGAGAGAUUAGUUCUGGUAGAGGACUAAACCAAGAAACUAGUCUAGCUAGACCUGGAGAUACACGGGGGUCUCAUAAUUCAACUUUAUGUCGUAUUGAACAAAUGUGA